AAUGUUAGAUUUCGUUUAGGUCUACUAUUACUCUAUUACUAUAACUAUUCUAAAUUUUCUACACUAAUGCAGCAUAGUUAAAUCUAAUAAGUUAAUAAGUAAAAUAACUCGUGUUUGUGAUGAUGUUUACAGUUAAAGUUUAUUGAACAUAAUUUUGGACUGCUAAAAGUUAAAUUAAAAAGGCAUGUAGUUUAGCACUGCGGUACUUGAAAAUUGUCAUAUUCAUAUUGACUGGACUACAUUUACAUUUACAUUCUAGUCUACAUAACAUUACAUCGUUACAUUUACAUUUACAUUGUAUAGAAUAGACUUAGACAGGUGUAAAUAUUAUAUUGUAGUUAUUGCAGAGGUCUGGACAUGACCAGCUUUGGCUGGAAGCGAAAAGUUGGAGGAAAUGUUUGUAAAUCAAAAGCCUCUGCCUUCUCAUCAGAAGCUAAGGAUGAUCACGAUAAGACAGCACAUGAUGAUAUAGACUGGCUAACUUCAACACCUAAAAAAAGGUUUAUAUCUCUGGAAGAUGCUGUCGGCAAAAGUGAUAGGCUCAAAGCAGAAGGUGCCAUGUUAGCUGAGGCAGACAGGUAGUUAAUUUUUUUUUUCACAAAAUACCCCCUCAAAUUUUUAUUCAUAAAUUAAUAAUUCAAGUGUCUGCAACUUCAACUACAAAAUAGGGCCUUUGACGCCCUUUUUGCAUUAGAAAAAACAACAGUAGGCCCUACUACUACUAGUAUUACUAAAAAAACUAAAGUAAAUAAACUAUUCCAUUCAGUUUUCUAGAUCUAGAAGGCCUAAUAAUUCAUAAUAAUAAUAGUAAUAGUAAUAGUGUAAUAAUAUCUUCUAGUCUAAUUUAAUAUUUUCAUAUCAGAGAUCAGAUUAUAAUUUAAAAUUGGAAAGGGGGGGGGGGAGGGAUCUGUCUAUACUUAAGUUCCAGUGUUUCCUAAAGCCUUGGUCGCGACCCUUUGCCGGGCCAUGAAAGCAAAGUUACUGGAUUGCCGAAAGAAGACAAAAAUAAAGAAAAAACAGUUACAGGGUCAUGAAAGGAAAAGAUUCUGGAAACACUGGUAUAGUCUUUUUCUAAAGAAGUAUGAAUAGAGAUGUUUGCCAAUUUUACAGAAAUAUUUAUUUUACCUACUCAUCUAGUAUAAGAGAGUAGUCAGGUAGUAUAAUUGAAUAAAUGUUUUUGCCUUUACUAAGUCUAUAGUCAGUCUAUAGCAAACUAUUACUUAAAAAAUUAACAAUAAGGGAUGUUUGCUUUAAUUUAUUAAACAUGUGUCCAGAACCCCUUAGUCUAACCAAGCUCAUUAUAAAGUGAAAAGAUACUUUUAAUCCUUGAUCUUAAUAAAAAGCCCAAAAGGUGAUGAUAGAAUAAUGAAUAACCAUUCAUAUUCCGCAUUUAAAUGACUAUAAAAAAAAAGAUCUAUCAAAGAUGUUACUGAGUUACUGUCAGUCUGUUAGGUAGCUUAUCUACCAGUCAUUUUUAAAUGUGUUGUACAAGAAGAGCACAGAAAAAUUUAAUCUGAUCCCAAUUUGAAAUUUUAAGUAAAUAAACCUUGGAAAAAAUAAAUUGAGGACCCACCAAAUGUUCCGAUAAAAAUUAACAAAGCAAUAAAUGCAUUAUGCCUUAUUGUUAUUGUAUUUAUUUUUAUUAUUAUUAUAAAAACUGGUCUUAUAUAUUGCAGUACCCCUAGGGCUAGGGCUAGGCUCACCGCGCUUCACAUAAAAAGUAGCAAAAAAACAUGACAUUAAAAAACAGUUACAUAAAAUUUUUCAUUAACAAAAGCUGUGCAAAAAUAUUGAUCUCGUCCACCCAAGUACUAUUUACCCCUGUCUGGCAAUAGCAGGCACCCAGCAACAUCGAGCAUUGUUUACCGGUCUUAGGGGGUGAGAAUGAGUAGGAAUUUUAGAGUUUGAAGAGAUGUGUCUUGAGUGCAAUUUUGAAGGCUUGGAUGGUCGGUAUAUUGCAGAUGUGUAAUGGGAGAGAAUUCCAUUGUUUGGGGGGCACAGAAAGAGAAAGAUCUUCACUGCAAGUUUUAGUGUGUUUCUUAGGAACAGAAAGAACACAUGUGUCUACAGAGGAAUGAAGCUGUCAAGGGGUGAAUAGACAAAAGUUCAGUAUGAUAGGUAGGGCAGGAACCAUAGAAAAAGUUGUGACAGAGAACAGACAGCUUGUAAUCAAUGCGUACCCGUAAAGGAAGCCCAUGAAGUAUCUGACUUUUUUUCUUUCUGCAAAUUGCCACAUCUAGUUAAAAUGUUUAACCAAAGCUACUAUAAAAUGAACAGCUAACAGCUAUGACCUAUGUGGAAAGAGAUUAUCAAGUGUUAUUUUCCAUUGCCUGACAUCUCUUGGAGUGUAAUUAUAUAAUUGAAUAUUAAAAAUUAAAAUAAAAUGAUUAAUAUCAUAGAAUUUUUUUUUUUUUUUCAAGUAUUCAAGUACAUUUUUUCGAGUCUGUUGACUAGUUUCUGAGCCCAGAGGUUGUCAAGUAUAGCAAUAAAUUAAAUUCUUUUAACUGCUUUUACCAGUUGAAAAGAUGGAAAGAAGCUUAUUAAAAAAAAUGCAAAAAUACUGUAGUUUUUUGUUUAAUAUUUCUAAUCUAGGUACUGGGAAGCCAUAAAGAAAUGGGAUGAAGCUAUUCAACUGACCCCAUACAAUGAAAAGAUCUUUGAGAUGAAAGCUCAGGUAGUAUUAAAACAUAAAAAGCAAUUACUUGUUGAUUUGUUAGCAUUACUGUAUCCUCUGCAUUUCUGCUUUUAGUCAUCAAAGACAAAAGUGGGAAAAUGCAACAGAAAAUUUAAAGUGGUUUGGAAGGCUUUACCUAAGACAAAAUAAGACACUUAAUAUGUCAGCUUUAAGCCCUCUUCAUCAGACAAAGCAAAAUAAAUACAAAUAAUGUAUACUAUAAUGAGGAAAAAGUGCUCUACCAUUCUAAUGUACAAGUCUUUAUUUUGUAUUCUGCUUGCCAGAACUGUUUUUUUAAAGCAGUCUGAGACAAAGGGUAUAUCAAGUUAAUUCAGAGAUUAAUUUUAAAUAUUCAUUGUCAGGAUCCAAAUUAGUCGGAUGCAAAGUAUUUUUUAAAAAAAUAAUUUACUGAAUUUUUUGGAUACACAUACAUUCCGAAAACAUUCAAGAUGAAUUUAAUUUGAAUGUCAGCGUCAUUGAAAUCAAUCUAAAAUAUUUUUAUAAAUUUAAAAAAAAAUGUAUAAAAAUUUUAUCUCUUCUAGGCAUUAAUGGCUGUUGGUGAAGUCUUUCCAGCAAUGCAGAUGGCUGAGAAGACUGUGGUAAUGGCACCAACAUGGUGGGUUGGUCACCAGACCCUAGGCAGGGCACUGGCUAACAUAGGCGAAGUGAGGCUGGUAAAUACAGAUUUUACUUGACACUUCUUAUUUGAUUGUUAACUUAAUUGUGUGUAUCUAAUAGUUAAUGUAUAAGAGUCCAAUGGCUUUAGAAUGGAUAUAGAAUUCAAAUGGGAAAACAGCCUGCUGGAGUAAGCAAAGUUACCUUUAAGAUAGGAAUUUAAAUUAACAGAAAAAAAGCCUACAUCUAAAACUCAAUAUUUUGACAUCUUUAAAUGAAGAUUUUUUUGUUUGGAUUUUUUGGUUGCAUUUAAAGUCAAACAUUAACUCUUUGAAGCAGCAUAUUAAAGAAAAAAAAAGAUGGAAGAUAGGUUUUAAAAUGCAAGCAAGAAUUUUUUAAAGUGUUCAUUUAACAGAUCACUUAAUCUACUGAAAUUAUUUGUAAACAUGUGACUAACUAUUAGCAGAGCUACAAAAAUGUAUAGAAGUUAGAAAUGUAAAUGCUCCCCCCCCCCGCCCCCCCCCCCNACCCCCCCUCCGUAUUUGAACAACAGGCGCUAAAGAGUUUUUCCAGAGCCGUCCACCUCAACCCUGCUGACCAGGAAAUGUGGACAGAGGAUUUGUUAUGGACAAAGUCAUUGCUGGAAAGGAAAAAAAUUGCAGCGGAACCUGAACAGGUCCCAAGAAGCACAUUAACUGUGAGAGAACUGGAAGAUGACUGUGACAGUACCAGUAGCACAAGCAGUGCUGUAACGGGGGAGCGGUCGGUGAUGCCCUACAACGCUGGCUUGUUGACAAGCACAGAAAAAAGUUUUGGCAAAAAUAUCAAAUGGUUGCCUAGCAACUAUAUACAAAUGAGGGACCCAACAUGAUAUGAUAUACAGCUUGGGUGAUUUCUUUUGUUGUUGUAGCCACAUAUUGCCACUGCACUUUGAGAUUAUUUUCAACUCAGUGAAAGUGAAUAAAUGUCUCGUGAUGUGUUAAUGAUGUUCAAGUUAACGUUCACUUCAGCGGCUGAGUUAAGCAAGUGCUAAAAAAUACUGGAUACCUGGUGCAUGUGAUCAGCUUAUGUAAAUAAAUAUAAUUUUUGUAUGACUUGGCAUUCUGCU